AUGCAGCUCAAGAACCUGAUCUUCGCCGCCGCUACUGCCGCCGCUCUCCCGGCCACCGACGCUGCCACCAACCAGCCCUUCGGCGUCAUCUCCAUCCACUCCGGCAGCGGUGUUCAGUAUGCUCCCUUCAACGCCGCCCUUGGCAGCAUCUUCGCCGGCCUCAAGAGCCAGAACGCUAGCUGCUCCAACCCCCAGGACCAGACCGCCACCUUCUUCCUUGACAACGGUGCUCUCUACCUGUACGACCAGUCUGAGACUCCCCAGGAGCUCUACGUUGACCGCUCCGGCAUGGGCCAAGGCAAGAUCGGAUACACCACCGGCGCUCAGCCCGCCCCCAAGAACGGUGAACGCCAGGGCUGGUCCAUCGACCAGAACAACCACCUGCAGUUCGGUGGAAAGGACCUGAUUGCCUGCCCCAACAGCAUCCAGGGUGCCUGGAGCAUCUGGGCCGAUGCUGGUGUCGAGAAGCCCGGCUGGAACGAGGGCUGUGAGGGUAUUGCUGCCCGCGUUGAGUACAGCAAGAACCCCAACGUUUGCUCUUACACUUCCAACUAA